CCUCCAAAUUACACCGAGCCACAUUUCUUUUCUUCGUCUCCGUCGUCUAGGGCUCUUCUCCCAGAUCGAGCCAACCAGCCACCGGUCCUCGCCUCCUCCUCGCCGCCUAGAUCCUUCUCCGCCUCCGCGACUCCCCUCCCCACGGGCCACUGCGGCGGCCGUAUGAACGAGCGGUGGUAGUCUGGUAGCGCUGCGUUGCGGGAGCCGAUCGCCGGGUGGGUGAGAGUAAGCGGGCGGCCGUGGCGCCCGGCAUGGCGGGGGCGCCGGCUGCUCCGGGUGCGGGUGCGGGUGCGGGGGGCGGCGCCGCGGCGGGGCUCAAGACCUACUUCAAGACGCCCGAGGGGAGGUACAAGUUGCAGUACGAGAAGACGCACUCCGCCUUGCUGCAUUACAGCCACGGGGGAAAGACCGUCUCGCAGUUGACAGUGGCGUACCUGAAGGAGAAGCCUGCUGGCCAGGGCUCCAUGCCGUCAACACCGAGCUCCAGCAGUGGGAUGCGAUCUGCGGCAGCAAGGCUGCUGGGCACUGGGAAUGGUAGCAGGGCACAUAUCUUUGCUGGAAGCAAUGGAGUAAGCCGGGCUGUUUCUGGAAGCAGCCGUAUAGGAGGUGGCCUUGGUACAUCUACAGGCCUUGGUGGACCACAAGGGGUGGCAAAUUAUGAUGGCAAGGGUACAUACAUCAUCUUCAAUGCAGCCGAUACGCUAUUCAUCAGUGAUCUCAAUUCCCAGGACAAGGAUCCAAUAAAGUCCAUCCAUUUCAGCAACUCGAACCCAUUGUGCCAUGCAUUCAACUCAGAAGCCAAAGAAGGGCAUGACCUGAUCAUCGGGAUGGGAUCCGGGGAUGUCUAUUCGAUGUCGCUGAGGCAACAGUUACAAGAUCCUGGAAGGAAGCCUGUUGCGGCCCAACACUAUAAUAAGGGUGAUAAAGAUGUAACGCCCAAUGGAAGCCGGUGCACAUCUAUUGCAUGGGUGCCAGAGCGUGAAGGCAUUUUUGUUGUUAGCCAUUCUGAUGGAAAUCUGUAUGUGUAUGAUAAAAACAAGGAUGGGAGCACAGAUUGUACGUUUCCAGCUCUGAAGGAUCAAUCCCAAUUCACGGUUUCUCAUGCUAAGUCGAGUAAGAGCAACCCGAUUGCUAGAUGGCAUAUCUGUCAAGGUUCGAUCAAUGCCAUUUCCUUUUCACCAGAUGGCGCGUACUUGGCGACUGUUGGGAGAGAUGGUUAUUUGAGAGUUUUUGAUUUUUCAAAGGAACAACUAAUAUUUGGGGGGAGAAGCUAUUAUGGCGCUCUGCUGUGCUGCACGUGGAGCUCGGAUGGCAAAUAUCUAUUAACAGGUGGUGAAGAUGAUCUUGUGCAGGUAUGGAGCAUGGAUGACAGAAAGAUAGUUGCAUGGGGCGAAGGGCAUAAUUCCUGGGUUAGUGGAGUUGCUUUUGAUUCAUAUUGGUCCCCACCAAGUUCUGAUGGAACAGGAGAAAAUGUCUAUCGCUUUGGUUCUGUUGGUCAGGACACCCAACUGCUUCUGUGGGACCUUGCACUGGAUGAGAUUGUUGUCCCGCUACGUCAUCCUUCAAGUUGCUCGCCAACAUUUAGCAGUGGGAGCCCUUCUGCCCAUUGGGACAAUGCAUGCCCUCCAGCAGGUAUUCUCCAACCUUCUCCAAGAAUGCAAGAUGUGCCGAAGCUCUCACCCCUUGUUUCCAACCGAGUACAUGCCGAUCCACUCUCUGGUCUGGUGUUCACGAAUGAAUCAAUUCUCACCAUCUGCCGUGAGGGACUCAUCAAAAUCUGGGUCAGACCAGACCAGAGUGAAAACAAUUAACAGUUAAAUUCUUCAGAGUUCGUUUCAGGCAACACUGUUUCAAAGGAUAGGGUGAUCGCAUCUUUGGAUAAAGCAAGUGGCUCCAGCUUCAAGAAACCGUCAUCUGUUCUUGUCACAUGACAAAUUGAGAGGAUGUUUCCUGUGGGCAUUUUCCUCUGCUUACCCUGAUCAUCAGUGGUCAUGUAUCUUACUAACAACGUGAAAUCUGUGAUUAAUGGAGUGGGACUCGCAAAAGGAGGCUGCAGGUGAUGGAAGCGUGAAUCUGUUGGCAGAUAUUCCCGAGGUAACAGCAAUGCCAGUGUUGCCAUUUGUGUGGCGCAAAGAAUAAAGGAAUAUGCACAUGUACAGAUACUAUAAUCCAAGAUAAAAUUGUAAAAUUUACUGUCUGUGUUUCAUAUGAUUCAAUGAGCCAGCAAAUGAUGGGAGGACAAUGAUGCCAUUUAGCUGGUAGAGUGAGUGGUUAUUUCUUUCUUAGGCUCUAUUAAUUUCUAGAAGGCCUGUAAAUUAUGAAUCGUGUUAUUUUAAGAAUACUUUGUACCCUUGUGUA